AUGUAUAAAUACAUAUCGAAACCAUCUAGCCUUUAUGAAUUCUACUCAGAUGAUGAAAUAAUAGCUCAGAAUAUCAAAUUUAUAGCGGUUCUUACCAGAAUCAGUCUUAUACCAAAUAAACAUUGCAUUUUAACUCUACAAAGCUUUGAACAUGGGAAAGAAGACGCAAAGCCGUAUAUAGUUAAGCUACAUUGUCAUACAUUUGAACUGUUCCAGCUGACGAAGGUUAUACUAGGUCUACUAAUUAGCUGCUUUUACCUGAAGUUCGUAACAAUCUCUAAAGAAGCAGGGUUCGAUUAUGACAAGAUACAUUUACGGCACCUAUGCUUUUUACGUUGCAAGGGUACAUUUGUGUCAAAUAAAGGUGAUGGAAUCAUUAAUGUGGAUGAAUUGAUACCUAUAGAUUUGGAUAGGGAGCUUAGGAAUAAGGAAGAAAGCGGCCACCAGCUGUCGCCAACUGACUGGGGAAAUGUUGACGGUAUCGUCGACAACCUUAUUAUGCUUGACAGGAGUGGAAACGAGUUUAGUUUAGAUCGAAUUCAGUCUUUUACAGGCCCAUUGAAGGAAUAUUUUGAUCAUAGAGUGAAUAUAUCGAAUCAGUCCAUUAGACAUAGUAACCCACUAUUUGGAGCGAAUAAGCUGAUAUCAAUGGAAGAAUCUCAGGAUGACUUUAAUUCUCAAAGAGAACAGCCCAUUUUUAAUCCCAUUGCAAGGGCUCAUGCCGGUUUUUCAAUGGACUGCCCAAUUCCUAAUACUGAUGAAGAGUCAAUCGAUGACAGCACAGUUAAUAGCGAUAGUACUGGUUCUCAGGUUUUAAUGGAUCAUAUGCGACCUAUAUCCAAAAUGUUACAAAUCAAAUCGAACAAUACUCCUAGAGGGGCCAGCCAGGUCCAUUGGAACUUACAAUUACAUAAAGAGAUGCAAGGACGCUCAUGGCAAGAUCCCCCAUCCACUGUUAGAGAGCUUAAGGCAAGAAGUAUAGAGCCGGAAGAACUGAACCAAGUUACCAUAGACACAUUAUACUACAGCAAUUUUGGAAAUACAUUUACUAUAUCCGGAAAGGUUGCCGGGACGUUGCCAAGCAUUUAUGAUGACCAGAUACCGGUAAGCUCUUGGCUACUGCUGUAUUUCCCAGUCAAGGACUUGUUGAAUGUAUCAUACUUGGAUACUAAUGUGAAUUGCAUUGAAAUAUUCGCAUCAGAUAUUGAUUAUGUUUUCAACCAAUGUCGUAUAAACCCAGAGUUGGAUGGAAGGGAGGCGCUACAAAAUCUGGCUCACACAUUGCAGCGCAAUUCUGCAACACUAACCAUUAAAAAGGCUCCAUUACAUUUUAUCAAUGAAUAUCACACAUGUUGCUGGGAACUCGAGACUAUACACCUGGAUAUACCAGCGGACCCUUACCUAUUGGACUUACAAGAUAAUAAGCGUCAAAAAUUCAGUGCAGCCACCCCAAUGGCUAUAAAGGAUAUCGAUACUAAUACUACGUCUGCUACAGUUUUUGCCCUACUGGUAGGGGCAAGACUACCUGCAGGAGCGAAAGUUAACCACUUUUCGUUCACUGAUUUCACCAGUAACUCUAACAUAUGGUGUCAGAUGGACCCAUAUAUUAUUGACUAUAAUGUUCGCGUAAAGCCCGAGGAAUGUAUUUAUACAAAGGCAUAUCCUGAAUUUAUCAUUAAUAUCGAUAAGUUCACACUUAAAUACUACGGGCGGCGACUCAUUGACUGCCGAAAUGGCCGCGAUACAAACUUAACUAACUUUGGAAUGGUCUUUCGAUUAAAGCUAGAUAUAAAGCUCUACAAUUCCAAAUUGAACGGCAUCAUUCGUAACGUUGAGCUAGUAACAAGCCCCGCUAAGUUUUCUGGCAUUGAGAAACGACUGCUCGAUGAGUUCUACACACGGGCAGUCGAAAGAAUUCCUCAAAAAGCCCUCUUUCACAACUUCAAGCGUUAUGUUGUGUCGUUUCCUAUUUCUCUACAACACGACGCAGUCCUAAUCUCGGAUUCAACUCUAGAACUGCAACACAACAGUUCUCCACACUAUGUUGCACACAUUCCUUCCAUAAACCAGGACAUAAGCGCUUACACGAUAGAUGAUAUCCCUGAUAUAACAUCUCUGAACUCAAUGCAUUCUCUCGCUCAAGGAAAGCUCUUCAAGAUAAGAGGUAGGGUCAUCUCGGUCUUUGCUGCCGAAAACAAAAUUACAAUCUACUUGACAAACGAUGCUCUUACAUCAACACAUUUAAGUCCUGCAGACGUAAUUAAAAUCCAGGUCAUCGGGGAAGCGAACCUAGAAUACUUCCUAGGCCCCGAGCAUCAACUAGAUACUCAAUUGGAGCAACUAAACCUUAAGGUCUUUAACUUCUAUCUGCUGCCUGGUCAGUUACAAAUUUCUGCUACAAAAACCAUACUAACGUGGUGUCCUGUAGAAUGCUCCCUAGAUGACCUAAAGCUACAGCUCCAGUUACAGGUCAAACAUGAGAAGGAUAUGUCUUCUGUACCCAUAUUACGUUAA